AGGUGUACGUCAACGCCCGGCAUGGGGGACCCACCGCCGCCCUUAACGUGACUGCCCCGCCUAUCUCGCACGAUGCCACGCCCACUCCGCACGAUGCCCCGCCUAUCGAGUCGUUAGUUCCGCCUCCGUUUAAAUGACGGUGUCCGCCCGCGCGUGGUUAUGUCGCAGGGCGUCACCGCGCGGGUUCGCCACCGCCGCUGUCAGUUUGACGGUCGUUUUGUGUUUUUAUUAUACCACGUUCACGUCGGAUGUCGGACAGCGGGUGAAUCCAUCGAUAGAUGACUCACUACCUUCUUCCGGGGAACAAUCCCAAAGAAUCUUCCAAACCAACUCGAGAGCUAGACCAGCUCUCUUCUACGACAGAAGGGAUCUAGAAGUAUGUCCCGUUUUGACAUCUGCCGAAACAGACAUCGACACCGUAGAAGUUUUCAAGGACUUCGAAUUUCAGGUGAGUAAUUUUUUCACGAUUUUUGGUCAAAAUAUUUACGGUGUGCUUUGA